AUAGCAAACACCAUGACACUUUAUAUAAGGAACUUGAGCAGCCAUGGAUUUUGGCAUGGGGGCUUCUAGAACCAAUUCCCCACAGAUCGUGGGGUACCAAAGGACAACUGAACUCAUCUGAUAAAUAUCUACUUGACAGGGUAAUGGUAGAAAUUAAAUGAAUAAAUACAUGUGAAGGGAUCAGGACAGUGCCUGGCUCACAGUAGGUGACCAAAGUUAGCUCUAUGAGUAUGUUUACACAUCUGCAUAUUAAUAGUAAGUGCCUGGCAAUACUGGGAGCUCAAACCGAUCGCAGGUAGUAUUAGGGGAAGUGCAGCUUCCCCUUCCACAGUCUUCAGAAGAUUUCAUGCCAGGCAUAGAGCAGGCCAUUCUUAUUCCAAGUGGUUUGACUUGGCUGUUUGACUUUAUUUAUUGAGGGCUCAAUCGGUGUAGUCUGGGAAGGCUUCAUGGUGGAGGUGGCCACUGGAGAUAGUGAGGCAGUUCAUUCCGGGCAAUGGGAAAGGAUGGAUCAUUUGCAAGGAGUGGCUGUGCUAGAUGAGAGAGGCCAUCCAGGAUGCCAGAUGUCACAUCACCAACUUUCAGGAUUAAUUUCUGUCUCCUUACCAUAGCGAUGAAUGUUCCCAUUUGAUAGAUGCAGUAAUAGGAUCAGAGAGGGUCAUCGGGGUUCUUAGGGUCCCUGAGGAGUCCAGUGCUUGGGAGGCUCUCUGUGAAGCUCCCGGGAUGCCCCCCAGCUCCAGGAAGUCCCCUGAGCAUGCUUAUGUUUGGGAAGCUCUGGAAGAGUGGUGACCUGUCUCCUAGGAGCAGAGGCAGUGCCUCCCCCAUCUUUAGGACCUGGGUCUAGGGUCCUUUAGAGCCUCACCUGGGCAUAGGACUUCCAUUGUUCCAGCCCCUCUCUCGUACCCCAGACUAGCCAAACCGGUUCUGGGGAAGGGGGGUGGGGAGCAGGCACGUUGAGACAGCCGCUGCCUCUCCGCAAGGUUCCCUCCUCCUUCACCUCCCCCUCCCUGCCCCACACAAUACCCAGGAGCUUGCCUUGCUGGGCUCUGGGGCCAUGCUGACAUGCUGACAUUGCCCCCUGAGGACUUGGCUGCCACCCCAGAGUCCCCAGGGUGCCCUGGAGCCCUGGACUGUGCUGGCAGCUGGACGGAGCUCCCUGGCUGAGGUAGGGCCCCACCUGGGUGCCAGCCAUCCCAUUCUCUUCCCGCCAGUUUUCCCCUCUGAGUGAUCUCUUUGUGCUGCCUGCCUGGUCUCUGAUCCUGGCCCUGACCCACUAUGGCCUUCUGGUGCUCUGUAAACCUUGCCUGGAUCCCCUUUCCAGCCAUGACCUCCCCCUUGGCUUUAUUCCUUCAAGGGCAGAGAGGCCCUGGGAGGGUCCCCACUCUUCUGGGCAGCAGGGCAAGAGGCACCUGGGAGGGGGCAGGGAAAACCUAGGCACAGGAGGCCAGAAAUGCUUUCUGUGACCAUGGUGGUAUUCAGGGACUCUCUCUGGUAGCCUUGCUAAGUGAGCCCAUCGUCCCCUGUAAUUAGUAGCGCCCACCAAGGGUAUGUUCCUCGGUCCCUGCCCAUCCUUCUUGGCCCAGAGACAUUUAUGAUGAGACACAUUUCUUGGAGAGGGCAUCAGGUGGUGGUGGGGUCCCUUAAGAGCCACUUUACAGAUGGGAAUACUGAGGCCAAGGGAUGGGCUAUGACUUGCCUGAGGCCACACAGCUGGUCAGUGUCAACACUGGGCCUAGGAGCUUGGGUGGGGGUUAUUCUCUUCGGGCUCCACAAUGGCCCUUGCCUAGUAGACCCUAGAGUCUCUAUCCAGAGAUCAUGCCUUGGGAAGGUCAUGUCCCCGCUGUCUGGGGCCAGUUCUCUUUCCGAGGUUUUUGUUUGCUUUUUCUAACAGAGAUGAACUACACAUAAUAUGAACCCAGCUUAUCCCUCUUAGCUCUCCAGCAUUGAGGUUGGGUGUGCCAGAUCCCUGGAGGGCCACAGGGCUGGCAUCGCAGCUAGAUGGAUCAUUCUCAUUCUCCUUGGCCUGAGCAUAGGUGGAGGCCGACACACUCCUGACCUCCCUGCUGGGACCUGCCUCCAGCUUCACCUCCCUCGGAAGCCUUCUACGUCCCCUCUCCCCACAAUCACCUAGCCUUCUCCUCUGAGGCCUUAACUGGGGGUGCUCCUGCUGCAAAGCCUCAAGGUUUUGCUUACUUACCCCUGCAAGUGAUGGGAAGAAGGGUCCCUCCCUGCCCUCCAGGGACUUCCAGAACCCAAAUGCAGGAAUCUCCCUCCCAAAAUACAAGGGGGUAGGGGGCAUGGGUACAUGCUGCAUAUGUGUGCCCCCAGAAGCAAGCAGGACUUGUGUGUCAAGGACUCCUGAUUCCUGCAGAGAAAGAGACCUGUCUGUGGGCAGGGGCCUCCUUCCACACACUCCUGCAAUGUAAUGUCUGUCUCAGCCUUGCUCCUUCCUCUUCCCCAUCGGUGUAAAGGACCGAGCCGCCUUCUGUCUAGAGAAAGACUGAUAAAAAUACUGCCCUAUUUGCCAGAUGAGGAAACUGAGGCUUAGGGAGACUUGCUCAAAUGGGCACUCUUCAGAUUAGAGGGACAGAGGCUGACGGUACAAGCCAGAGUGGCCACUGUAGAGAGGGCCCCUUUGGAGCACCUGUCCCCUUCUUCCCACCCUCCCAGGUGGUGGGGGUGAAGGGGGCAGGGAGAAGCAGUUGAGAAACUGUGCAGAGAGACUGGGGCCUGCGACAGACCGAGCCAUCUCUCACUGGGUCCUCUUCUCCCUUCCUGCCUCCAGCAGUGACUGACACUAUCACUGUUCAGGCCAAGGCUUUCUCUGUAAGUGCACUAGGUAUUUCAGCCAUGGAGCAGUUAUCUAUGACCUCCUCCAGGAAGUCUUCCUGGAAUACCCAGGUUGAAUUGAGCCCAGCACCCUCCUCCGAUGGCUCCUCUGGCUUGGCUCUUGCCAACCUGGAUUGUAACUGUUUUCGUUUUUGGCUCUGCUACUAGACUGGCAGCCCAUGGGCAUGACAUGUUUGUCCAUCUGUCUCCCUGGGUUUUUCUGGGCUUCAUCUGUGUCUCCGAGGAUCUGGCUGGUCUGAAAUUGUCAGUGUCUCUGUCUCCAUCUCGGAGUCCCUGAAUGUCUCAGCAUCUGUGGUUUUUCUGUUUUUGAGUGUUUUGGGGUCUUGGUUUCUGGGUUGCUAACUGGUCUCUGUUUCUCUAGGUCUCUCUCAGUCUUCAUCUCCUGGCUUUCUUGGUCCUACCAGGCUGGGCACUGCCCCUUUGGCCUGAGGGGGCCUCUGGGGGGUCCUGGCUGCCUGGCCUGCCCACAGCGAGGCCACGCUAGGGUAGGCCCCCGCCCAGCCCGCUGCCUGCUCCCUCCCUCUCUCCCUGCUUGCCUCACCACAGGGUUUGAUGAAUCAAACUCUUUGUCUGGGUGGGAUCUCCCCCAGCCGGCUGGGCAGAGAGAGGGCUUCCCCUGCCAGAGCAGCCAAACAGCAUCAGCAAGCGGGCCUGGGCCUGGAGAGGCCCAGGUGGGUGGCAGAGCAAAGGAGGAAUGGACUGUGGGCCACCUGCUACCCUCCAGCCCCACCUGGCUGGGCCACCUGGCACUGCCCGCCGCCCUGUAGCCGUGUGCCAGCAGGAGAGUCUGUCCUUUGCAGAGCUGCCCGCCCUGAAGCCCCCGAGCCCAGUGUGUCUCGACCUUUUCCCUGUGGCCCCAGAGAAGCUUCGGGCUCCUGGCAGCCGCUGGUCCCUGGGGACCCCUGCCCCUCUCCAAGGGUUGCUAUGGCCAUCAUCCCCAGGAGGCUCAGAUACAGAGAUCUCCAGUGGGGGGAUGCGGCCCAGCAGGGCUGGCAGCUGGCCGCACUGUCCUGGUGCCCAGCCCCCAGCUCUGGAGGGACCCUGGGGUCCCCAGCACCCACAGCCACAGCGCCGGGCCAGCCAUGGCUCGGAGAAGAAGUCUGCCUGGCGCAAGAUGCGGGUGUACCAGCGUGAAGAGGUCCCCAGCUGCCCUGAGGCCCACCCUGUCUUCCUGGAGCCUGGCCAGGUAGUGCAAGAGCAGGCCCUGAGCACAGAGGAGCCCAGACCGCUGGAACUGUCUGGGUCCACCCGAGUGAGUCUCGAGGGUCCUGAGCGGAGGCGAUUCUCAGCCUCGGAGCUGAUGACCCGGCUGCACUCUUCUCUGCGCCUGGGGCGGAAUUCAGCAGCCAGGGCACCCAUCUCCGGCUCAGGCACUGGUGCAGUCCGGGAAGGGAAAGCAUCUGGAAUGGAGGGGCGAAGUGCAGAGACGAGUGGGGAUGGAGUGUUGCGGCCAGCCCCUGGUGACUCAAGAGAGGGCCAUGGUGGUUGGCACGAGCCCAGGCUAGACAUGCAGGAAGAGCUGCCUUUGGGGUCCAGGAGCACCAACGAGCGGCGCCAGUCUCGAUUCCUCCUUAAUUCCGUCCUCUAUCAGGAAUACAGCGACGUGGCCAGUGCCCGCGAACUGCGGCGGCAGCAGCGGGAGGAGGAGGGCCCGGGGGACGAGGCCGAGGGCUCGGAGGAGGGGCCGGGGCCGCCGCGCGCCAACCUCUCCCCCAGCAGCUCCUUCCGGGCGCAGCGCUCGGCGCGAGGCUCCACCUUCUCGCUGUGGCAAGACAUCCCCGACGUGCGCGGCAGCGGCGUCCUGGCCACGCUGAGCCUGCGCGACUGCAAGCUGCAGGAGGCCAAGUUUGAGCUGAUCACGUCCGAGGCCUCCUACAUCCACAGCCUCUCGGUGGCUGUGGGCCACUUCCUGGGCUCUGCCGAGCUGAGCGAGUGUCUAGGGGCACAGGACAAGCAGUGGCUGUUUUCUAAACUGCCUGAGGUCAAGAGCACCAGCGAGAGGUUCCUGCAGGACCUGGAGCAGCGGCUGGAGGCAGAUGUGCUGCGCUUCAGCGUGUGCGACGUGGUGUUGGAGCACUGCCCGGCCUUCCGCCGAGUCUACUUGCCCUAUGUCACCAACCAGGCCUACCAGGAGCGCACCUACCAGCGCCUGCUCCUGGAGAACCCCAGGUUCCCUGGCAUCCUGGCUCGCCUGGAGGAGUCCCCCGUGUGCCAGCGUCUGCCCCUUACCUCCUUCCUCAUCCUGCCCUUCCAGAGGAUCACUCGCCUCAAGAUGUUGGUGGAGAACAUCCUGAAGCGGACAGCACAGGGCUCUGAAGAAGAAGACAUGGCCACUAAGGCCUUCAACGCUCUCAAGGAGCUGGUGCAGGAGUGCAAUGCUAGCGUGCAGUCCAUGAAGAGGACAGAGGAACUCAUUCACCUGAGCAAGAAGAUCCACUUUGAGGGCAAGAUUUUCCCGCUGAUCUCUCAGGCCCGCUGGCUGGUUCGGCACGGGGAGCUGGUUGAGCUGGCACCACUGCCUGUGGCACCCCCUGCCAAGUUGAAGCUGUCCAGCAAGGCCGUCUACUUACACCUCUUUAAUGACUGCUUGCUGCUCUCCCGGCGGAAGGAGCUAGGGAAGUUUGCCGUUUUCGUCCAUGCCAAGAUGGCUGAGCUGCAGGUGCGGGACCUGAGCCUGAAGCUGCAGGGCAUCCCUGGCCACGUGUUCCUCCUCCAGCUCCUCCACGGGCAGCACACGAAGCACCAGUUCCUGCUGAGGGCCCGGACGGAAAGUGAGAAGCAGCGAUGGAUCUCAGCCUUGUGCCCCUCCAGCCCCCAGGAGGACAAGGAGGUCAUCAGUGAGGGGGAAGAUCGUCCCCAGGUUCAGUGUGUUAGGACAUAUAAGGCACUGCAGCCGGAUGAGCUGACCUUGGAGAAGACUGACAUCCUGGCAGUGAGGACCUGGACCAGUGACGGUUGGUUGGAAGGGGUCCGCCUGGCAGAUGGUGAGAAGGGGUGGGUGCCCCAGGCCUACGUGGAAGAGAUCAGCAGCCUCAGUGCCCGCCUCCGAAACCUCCGUGAGAAUAAGCGAGUCACGAGUGCCACCAGCAAACUGGGGGAGGCCCCUGUGUGAGGGGCAGCCACGGCCUGGGACCCCACCUCCAUGCCCAACUCCUGGAUGGUCCUGGAGGGGCCUGCAGUGUCUCCACUGCUCCCCAAGCUGCUGCUGCUGGCACUUCGCUUCUGUGGCCUUGACAUUGAGGGCACAGGCUGGACACAGGAAUGGGGGCGCCUCCAGAGGGUCUCUUUGUCCUCAUGCUCCUCAAUGUCCACACUUCAAGGCCAAGGGCAGUUUCUUCCUCCGACAUGGGGACCGUAACAGGGGACCACUGAUACCUGGCAGGGACUGGGGCCCUCUCCAUUCUGUGCCCUCAAUCCUGCCUGACUCUUGAUCCUUCCCCAGGCAGGGACCUGGCUGGGGAACAUCCUGGUGCUGGUGGUGCUGGGACCUAUAUAUAUUUAUGUAUAUCUGGGGUCUUGUCUACCACCUCCCCUGGCCAGAGCCCGAGUGGGUGCUGGUUGCUGUGUCUUGUCUGUAAAUAAACUCUCAUGCCUUUGCUUGGA